AUGGCGCUCGCCUCCGGCACAUCCCGCCCCCUCCUGGGUCGCCCCGCCAGCACCGCGUGGCCCCACCUCGCCGUCUCCUCAUCCUCCCCUGCCUCCUUGAUCCGCUUCCCCCGCGGCGCGGGCACCGGCGGUGGUAGGGCGGUCGUCUUCCUCCGUGCCCCCGCGCCUCCAGGUGAUAAAUUCUCUGAUGUCGUUGGAAGCCCUUACUAUGUCGCACCAGAGGUACUUCAGAAAUGCUAUGGUCCAGAAGCUGAUGUGUGGAGCGCAGGGGUAAUUCUGUACAUUUUGCUUUGUGGUGUGCCCCCAUUUUGGGCAGAAACUGAGGCUGGAAUCUUCAGGCAGAUUCUGCGAGGCAAACUUGAUUUUGAAUCUGAACCCUGGCCUAGUAUUUCUGAUAGCGCUAAGGAUCUGGUCCGCAAUAUGCUUACUCGGGAUCCUAAAAAGAGAUUUAGUGCUCAUGAGGUUCUCUCAUUGUCUAUGCCACUAUGUCAGGCCACCCAUGGAUUGUUGACGAUGCCGUGGCACCUGAUAAGCCUAUUGAUCUGCUGUUCUGUCAAGGUUGAAGCAUUUUUCGGCAAUGAACAAGCUCAAGAAGAUGGCAUUAAGGCUGGUGACACAGUCCCUUAUAUAAUUUGCUCUCAGCAGGACUCAGAUAAUACACAUUAUGUGGGAAUAGCUCAGAGAGCUAGACAUCCCGAGGAGUUAAAAAAAGACCCUGACAAGUGGAUGAUUGACAUUGACUAUUGUUUGUCACAACAGAUUCAUCCUGUUGUUUCUCGUCUGUGUGCUUCCAUUCAGGGUACUAGUCCAGCUCGUCUGGCUGAAUGUUUGGGACUUGAUUCGGCUAAGUUCCAAUCAAGAGUGACUGAGUCUAGCAAUCAAGAUACAUCUACAAUGCUGUUAUCUGUAAUCGAUGAUGAAGAUGAGAGAUAUCGUGGUUGUGCGCCACUGCGUUUAUCAUGCCCAAGUUGUUCUGGUACCUUCGACUGCCCUCCUGUAUCUAGUCUGAUUACUAGUUCUACAAGUGUAUCGGAUCCAAAUGAUGUAUUGUGCAAGACCUUGUUGGAUGAUGUACUGUGCAAGACAAGAUUAGAUGUUAUAUAUGUAUUGAUCUCCAUGUGA